AUGGUUCAGGCACAGGUCCCGUGGCAAGAAGUCGCCAAACAGGCGCAGCAGCUACGCGACAAGUCGAUUGACCAAAUCCAGCCUCCGGUGCCAGCGGUGCCCAGCCCGACCGAACUGCCGCUGAACGUGACAUCGAUUCCGAGGAAGCUGCUGAGUGAAGCCGAAUUGAAGAUUACGGAAUCUCCGCCGGAAGAACUCCUAAAGUCAUUAGCAACCGGUGAGCUAAGCAGCGUCGAUGUGACGACGGCCUUCUUGCGCCGGGCGGGCAUUGCGCAGAAAUUGACAAACUGUGUGACCGAGGUGCUCCCUCACACGGCCAUCCAGCGAGCCAAGUAUCUAGACGAGUACCUGGCCACGCACAAAAAGCCGAUCGGCCCCCUGCACGGGCUGCCCAUCAGCGUCAAGGAGCACAUUGGCAUGAAAGGGCUCGGCCACAACGGCGGCUUUGUCGGGUGGUGGGACCAUGUGGCGGCCGAAGACGCCCACAUCCUGCAAUUGUUCCAGAAGGCCGGGUGUGUGCUGUACGUGCGCACCACGCAGCCCCAAUGCCUGAUGCAUCUAGAGACGUCGAACAACCUGUACGGCGUGACGGUGAACCCGUACAACCGGACCCUCACUCCGGGCGGCAGUUCGGGCGGCGAGGGCGCCCUGGUCGCGCUCAAGGGCAGUCCACUGGGCAUCGGCACCGACAUUGGCGGCAGCAUCCGGGCGCCGGCUGCCAACUGUGGCGUCUGGGGCUUCCGCCCAUCGUCGUACCGGCUCCCGCUCGGUGGCUUGACCGCGCCCAUGGCGGGCCAGGAACAGAUUGUGCCGGUGAUCGGGCCGAUCAGCGCGAGUUUCGAGGGAUGCCAUAUCUUCAUCAAAACGUUAAUUGACCAGAAACCCUGGCUAGACGACCCGUCGUUGCUGCCCAUGCCGUGGAAGUAUACGCCAGGCAGUGGCAGUGGCAGCGCCAGCACCAACGAGAGCUAUUUACGCAAGCCCGACGGCUCCCGAAAACUCAAGAUCGGCGUGUUAUGGUCUGACGGCGUGGUCCAGCCACACCCGCCCGUGACGCGGGCGCUGCGCGAGCUGACGGCCAAACUGCAAGCGGCGUGCCCGGACACGGUCGAGUUCGUGGACUGGACGCCGUAUCGCCACGACCUGGCCUGGGACAUCAUCUCGAGCCUGUAUUUCUGCGACGGCGCCGCGCAGGACUCGGCCGCCAUUGCCUCCAGCGGCGAGCCCUGGCUUCCGCUGUCCAAAUUCAUCAUCCACGAACAGCCAGGUGUCAAAGAGUACUCCAUCUCCGAGGUCUGGCAGCUGACUCUGCGCCGAGAGGAGUACCGCGCCGCAUAUGCCAAGGUGUGGAAUGAAUCGACGAAAGCGAAGGUGUGGCCGGCCAAAGACACAACCACAACCACAGGCUCUGCCUCUGCCUCUGCCUCUGCCUCCACCUCCACGGAAGACCAAUACCCCGUCGACGUGAUUCUCUGUCCCGUUGGGCCCGGGGCCGCCCCGCCUCUCGAGAACGCCAGAUACUGGGGCUACACGUCCCAAUGGAACCUGCUGGACUACCCGGCCUUGGUGUUCCCCGUGACCCAAGUCAACCCGGCGGCCAAAGACCUCGAGCCCGAGUCGGACUACACGCCGCUCAACGCCCAAGACGAGCGGAACCACAAGCUGUACAGUUCCGCGCCCGGACGUGCCAGCUACGUCGACGCCCCGGUCUCGCUGCAGCUCGUGGGCCGGCGGUACGAGGACGAGAAGGUGUUUGAGGCCAUGGAGCUGAUCAAGAGUGCGGUUGGGCAGUUGCCUUUGGAGCCGUUUCGGUGA